CGGAGCGUCCACGCGCUCCUGUGUCGUGUGCUGCGUACGUUCUAUACACACAAUCUUCCACUUAUGUUCCUACAACAUUAACGGGAUCUUCCAUUAUGUCCUGCAGUGUACGGUCUUAACUAACGGCCCCCUAAGGGUACACACCCCUCACCGAACUGACAUGUGUCGAUGUUGUGCUUAACAGAUUUCUAUUCCGUGUGGUGUUAACUGUAGUGAGAUAUUUGUAUUAUAUAGUUUUGUAAAUAGUAUUCAAGUGCAGUGCCCAAAAUGGCAUCAUCUCUUGUUAUAGCUUGCAUUCUCCUGCAGUGCUACUCCCUCGUUGUCGCCGAUUGGAAUGAAGGAGACGAUGAUCCAGGGACCCUGGAGGAAGUGAGUGCUGUACUAGGUCGGGGUGCAGAGCUUCCGUGCAAUAUCGAACCAAGUGGCAAGGAGGAUCGAGUAUACAUGGUAUUAUGGUUUAGAGAAGGUGCCGGCAAGCCCCUUUACAGGUAUGAUGUUAGAGGGAGGUCAUUCAACAACGCCGUCAUGUGGUCGGACACGAACGCCUUCGGUCCUCGAGCCUUCUUCGUGACGGGUAAACAGCCCGCCGCGGCUCUCCAGCUGGAUGCUGUGCAGCUCAAGGACGCUGGAGUGUACAGAUGUCGCGUCGACUUUCGGAACUCGCCCACGAAGAACUUCCAAGUGAAACUCACUGUGAUUGUUCCUCCACACUCACUGCUGUUGUACGACAACUCAGGACGAGAAAUUGUCGAAGGUAUCGUUGGGCCACUCAAAGAAGGGGAUGACCUCGUACUCAAAUGUGAAGUUAGAGGUGGUAACCCAGCACCAACAGUGUCAUGGUUUGUAAACGACAAAAUAGUGACGGAUGGCAAGGUGGAACGUGAGGGAGAGAACGUGAUAGUGAACAGGCUAGAGGUCAUCAGACUGCGCAGGGAUCAGCUGAACACGACCUUCAAGUGUCAGGCCAGCAACACGAAGCUGAUGCAGCCUACCGAGAAAACCAUCCGUCUUGAAAUGUUCCGUAAGUUUCGCAAUCAACAAGUGGCCUACGAGAACUACAACAUGACCUGCGAAGUGAUAGGCUCAAGGCCGUCCUCUGAUGUCACGUGGUUCCGAGAGGGACGGAAGUUCAAGAGAGGAAAGGUGGACCAGGACGCCAACGAGACUGUGCUACAUAGCACUGUUCUCUUCACUACAGCCCCCGAGGACGAUGGCCAUGUUCUCAAGUGUCAAGCCAGCAACCCCAAGAUUGAUGCUUCCACGAUAGAAGACUCUGUAACUCUGAAUGUUGUUUAUCCCCCAAUAGUGACCUUGCAACUUGGUACGUCUCUGAAACCGAAUGAGAUAAAAGAAGGGGAUGACGUUUAUUUCGAGUGUAAAAUCAAGGCCAAUCCGAGGGAACAUAAAAUAUCAUGGCACCACAAUGGGCAAGUACUGGCGCAGAACAUGUCUAAUGGGGUGAUCUUCAGCACCCACAGCCUGGUACUGCAGGGGGUGACCAGGCACAAUGCUGGGAGCUACACCUGCGCCGCUGUCAACGCUAAAGGGGAGACCACUAGUGAAGCUGUUACUUUGCGUGUCCAGUUCGCCCCCGUGUGCAGACUGGAUGAACCGACCAUCGUUGGUGCCUCCAUAGACGAGGUGCUGCGGGUCAGGUGUGAGGUCCAGGCGGACCCAAGCGAUGUGAGCUUUGUGUGGCAGUUCAACAAUAGUGGCGAGAGUUUCGAGGUGCCGCCCGAGAAGUACGCGACCAGCAACGGCAGCACCAGCGAGUUCCGAUACACCCCGUCCUCGGAGAGGGACUACGGCACCCUCACGUGCUGGGGCAAAAACAAGAUAGGUCGACAGGUGGAGCCGUGCGUCUACCAGCUAGUGCCGGCCUCAAAACCAAGUUCGCUGAAGAACUGCACACUGCGGUCUACGGUAAACACUACAGGAGAUUGGCUUGAAGUAGAAUGUGUCUCCGGCUUCGAUGGAGGCAUGCCCCAGACCUUUCACCUGGAGGUGGUAGAUCCAGCAACUUCACAGGUACGCCUCAACCUGACAACCUCGGUGGUUCCUGCUUUCCGAGUGGAGCUUGCCUCUCUUCAGCAGGGUCAGGCCGCUACCCUGCAGUUGGUCCUUUACGCCGCCAACCAGAAGGGACACAGUGACUCAGUUGUGUUGGAGGAUAUUGCCAUCAGAGAUGCCGAAAAGCGUACCGAAUGGGUCGGAGGCGGCAGUACUAUCAGCAUGAACGGACUGUCGAUGCUGGUCGGCGGAAUGGUCGCGGGGGUCCUCGUCGCUAUCCUGAUAGUAACGAUGAUAGCACUCCGCAGACGACACUCUACGCCUCAGCACCUGCAGACUAGUGUCAAGCAGCUGGAACUGACUCACGGCGAUCAGCACCGCUACGUCGUCGCUUACCAACUCAAACCUGAAACUAAACAACCGGAUAUUCUCAGUAGAAUAUCUGAUGAACCCCUGGAGAGAGACGUUCCCUCAUUAUCAUACAAUGGGCCUGGAGUUAUGGCCACUUUUAUGUCUCCAUGCACCAGCCCCACAUGUUCGCUUCGCUCGGCUGGGUCCACGUCCGUGCCUAUGAGGCCGACAACGAUAGGGUUCACGCAUAGCUCUCCACCGCCCCCACCCCUACCGCCUCUCGGGGUCAACAUGAACAUGAAUGGCACACUCAGAGCCAAAGAGCACAUAUUGUCUAAUACCAUUCCUGGCCCAGAGAGCUGCGUAUGAACCGGAAUACUUGUCUAGAAACGCUGGAUCUAUCACUUUAUAUAUCCUUGAUACCAGAUAAGUUCGAAACAUACAUUUUCUUAAUUUCAAUGUUUUACAUCACAGCCAUCUGUUAGUUAAAUUAACUGUUAUUUGGUGUGAAUGGAAACUUAUGAUAAUUAGCUAUCAACUAUUUUAUAAUUUAUCUGGUAUCAGAGAUAAUGGAGCUGUGUUUAAGUGUAAGUUGAUUGGAGCAAAACUCUUUUAUGCUGAAUAUUCCAUGAAAUAAAGUUAUCUCUAUCUUAUAUUUGUUACAUCACCUAAAAGGACGUUUGUGCUUUUACGUUUCAUUCACAAUAAAUGGUUACGCAGUAAUACUGUUUACAUAAAUACAACUUGUAGAAGGAAUUGAUAUUACAAAUAUGAAUUGUGCUUACCACUUAAUUUACUGAAAGGGAUAUAAUUAAGAUACAAAAUUGUUUAAAUGCCCGUCCCGUUUCCUAACAUUGAUAAUAACGUUGUAAAAUGAGUUUCUUACUUAAUUUACUUAAAGAGAAAUAUAUUAAACACUCAAAGUGCCAAAAUGGCUGUUCAGUUUCCUCACAUUAAUUACGUUUCUAAAUAUAUUAAACAAUUAAUAAGUUAAUUUGCCAAAAACUAUAUUCUAUCGCCUUCACAUCGUCAGAAAUAUUAUUGUUUGUCAACAAAAAUAGUAGUUUGACAAGAUUGCUUACAUAUUGCAUAAACGGGAAUAUAGUGAUAGAAAGUAACAUUCUAUUUUCACAAUAUAACAAUAAGACAAAGACUUGUUGCAAGAUGUUACAUAGCAGCAGGUGGUGGCCAUUCAUUAUGGACUAUUAUCUUUCCCAGUACAACCUAGGGCAGUAUUGAACUGUUUCACUUCUCAAUACACCCUGGUAUACUUACAGCCACAAUGUUUCUCGCGAAUGAAACAAAAUAUAGAUUUUAAAUAGAAAAUUUUUAUCAUGUUUUAUAUUCGAAAGUAAGAUUCUCAGAGAAGUAUAAGGUCAUAAAGAAGAUCUGUUCAUAGUAUUAAAAUAAUCUAUGAGGUAAAAUACAUUAGGACCAUGAAGAGAUAUAUUCGUAUUAUCAUUUCAUUGAUUUAGACUAAAUAAAAUACAAUUUUAAAUUUAUUACACAUUUCUGUUUUAAAUAUAAAUAUGGCCAGGUUAUAAAUAAGUUUUCAUUGGCUAUCAUAACUUUUAUUAUAAAGAAAAUUAUAACUUGCUUUUAAUUUUCUCAAUCAGGCAAAUAUAUGGGUACUGUGUAAAGAAAAUAUUUCGACCUUUAUUUAUUAAGCACCUAAUGAGCGGUGCAAAAACACAUAAUGCCGGAUUAUCAGCAUUUAGACAUCCUUCUUAUCAGAAUGUUUCUGGGAUUACUGUGAAAUACAGUUUUAGGGAGAUUACAUAGAAAUAUGCCCAUUGUAAACACCCUUAUGACGGAAUUUUCCUGGUUUUUUGUAUUUUCUCCGUUCGUAAUCCCCAGGAUCCAAACCACGUAAUCAGAAAAUGUAUAUGCAUUUAUGUUAUGCGAUAAAAUGCGAGCUUUUAAACACAAUAUCUGCCACAAUGUUUUAAUUUAAUCGUCAUAAUUCAAUGCAAAAACUUAGAUAAAUUCCUUAGUAUGUCUUCAUACCAUUCAAAAAUUUAAGGUUGUGGCCAUUCGCAUUCAAUUCAAAAGAUGUACUGGACUAUUUCCCAAUAUUGACACAAAACAAUUUUUUUACGUAAACCCCUUUUAUUGUUUCUUUUUUCUAUAUAUCUUAAGAAUUCAAGAUGGUAGUCAUUCAAAAUUUGGAAAAUAAAUGGUUUAUCUAUCAAUUAAUGUGUAUUAUAACAAAAAAUAGUGAUCCUAGAAGUCCAAAAUCAUUUAAUAAAGUUUGUUAUUGUGUUUUUUUUUAAUAUCUUGAAAGAUAUGCGGAUAGUGGGCAUGUAAAAUCACAAAUAAUACACAAAAUUACGUGAGUAUUUGUGAACGCGAUCUACCCUAGCUCUUAAUACAUUCAGACUUAAUUUGGUACAGAGGCAAUAUUUGUGUAUAUCUUGAAUAAGUUCUUUAGUCACUGGCAUAAAUCUUUUAUUUCUGAUAUUUCAUAACAUUACAUUAAAAUUGCAAUAUUGAAAGUUAUUAUAUGUGUGCUACAAAUAUUAUUAAAAUGUUAGAUAUAUAAUCAUUACCGUUUAUUACGAACUACUUACACUACAAUUUUGUAAUUAACACAGCUCCAGAAUACAACGUUAAGUAAAAGUCUUGGACCACUAUGCUCCUGUGCUAAUAAAAAAAAGUUUUUACAGUGUGUUACUCUGUUUAGUGCUUUACACUAUGCUUGGAUACAGUAUUAUAAAAAAUAUGUAUUUUCAUAAAAAACUACGAAAUUAGUGUUAUUAUUAGAUUCGUAUAUUUUGUUUAGUUUCUCAAUCAAUCAACUGGAUUUUUAUGGAUAAACCACUCCAUAUUCUAUAAAUAAAUCUUAAAAUUAUGGUGGUAUCUUUUACUCUUUGCUAUUUUAUAAAACUAUUUAUUUAAGGUUAUUACGACAAUAUUGAACUUUUUCCUACCUAGGAAUAAUUUUUCUUUCUAACUGUUUAUAUCAUUGUAGAUGUGCCUUUAGUGUUUUACAUGUAUUUUGUAACAAACGUAUAGUUAAAUUUAUUUCAAACUAAGUAUGUAUGACUUCUUAUACUUUAUAUGUUUAGUCACCCAAAAUUACAUAGGCUUUAACAAAGAACGACAUAAGCUUGCCUUAUUAUAUUUUCUUUUCAGAAUCUUAAACUUAUGAGAAGGAUACUGUUUUAUACACUAUCUGUAUUAAUAUUUGUUAUUAAAUAUGAAAAAAGCUUAAAUGUACUUCAAAACCAACGGUUAUGUUAUAUAACAUUUAGUUUUCACGUAACAUUGUACAUAGAUAAACAUUUAUACAUAAAUAAAUUUGGUGAUUCACACAGCGAAUCGAGUGUUUUUAUUUAAAACUUAAAUGAGUUAUAAAUAUAUUUAUGUAAAUGUGUAAAUAAAAUAACUCUGAUUUUACAUAUUGUUAGUGUUUAUUACGAUUGUACAUAUGAAUGUUAUGCUUGUG